CAUUGUAUAAUUGUAUUCAAUUGUGAGAUUUUGUGAACUGGGGUACUGGAUAUUCGGCGCCCAGUUAUAGUUAUGUCUGGAAAAAGAAGAAAAACAUAAUUGUCUCUGCUUGUAUUCUCUUUUGAAUACUAUUAGAUUAACCUAACCGUGUGUCGAAAUUAUACUAAAAAAGUAGCGAAAUUGAUUCAGGGUUGGAAGUUGGAAGAAUUCCCUUUGAAUAAGAGAGAUAUACCAUAGCUGUGUUUUCCAUUUCUGCUAUAUGCUUAGUAUUGCCAAACAUAUAUUCAUCUGUUUCCCCAGACAAGUUCCCCUUUCAAACAACCACUUACUCUUUCAUUCCAUUUCCAUGACUAACCAACCAGAAAUUGAAACUGAAUCUCAAACUCACGUGCAUUACAACCACACUCAUCCCUCCAAAUUCCCAAGAUGGACUGCUAGAGAGAGCUUCGAAUUUAUGUAUGCAAGGCCUUGGCAACGAGUCAAUGAAUUUUACUUCAACAUUGUCCGUGGCAACUUGUCUCUGCCACUUCUCUUUGGAACCGAGACACUUGUUGAUCAUAAUGAUACUGGAAUUGCAACACUUUCCGCAGCACUUUCUGAUAAAAGUGAGUUGGAAAGUGUUGCAUCUGAGGAUCGCAGUGGGAGGUGGGCAAGGAUGACGUUCAAAAUUGUUCUUUCGUAUCACGGGGGUUCUUUUGAUGGGUGGCAAAAGCAGCCAGGCUUGAACACAGUCCAAAGCAUAGUAGAAGGGUCACUCGGUAAAUUUGUGGAUGAAAAGAAAACUCAACUGCUUAAGGACAAAGGUUUGCCCAUUGAAGGUUGUGCUGUUGUUGCUGGUCGGACAGACAAAGGAGUGACUGGCCUUCAACAAGUCUGUUCUUUCUACACUUGGAAGAAAGAUGUUAAACCAAGAGAUAUUGAGGAUGCUAUCAAUCAUGCAGCACCAGGAAAACUUAGGGUCAUAUCAGUUUCUGAGGUGUCACGUGUCUUUCAUCCUAAUUUCUCUGCCAAAUGGAGGCGUUAUCUUUAUAUUUUUCCACUCAUCGAUGGAGGGUAUAGGGACCAAAGUAGUGACAAUGGGGAGUUUUGUGAUGGUUUUAAAUAUAAUGAAAUUCAUGAUUCUGCCAACAAGGAUGAGUUAGAAAAUGAAAAGAAAUCCUAUGUGUUCAGUGUAAGUAAGGUAAACCAGCUUUUGCGAAAGUUGGAAGGAAGAUUGCUAUCUUACAAGAUGUUUGCCCGUGAUACAAAAGCUUCAAGAAAUGAUGGUCCACCAACUGAGUGUUUUGUUUACCAUGCUCGUGCUAUGGAAGUCAGUCUGCCUUCAACUGAUUAUGGAGAAGAAACAAAGGUCAUGUGCGUUGAGCUGGUAGCUAAUCGCUUUUUACGAAAGAUGGUUCGAGUGCUUGUGGCGACCUCAAUUAGAGAAGCUGCUGCUGGUGCUGAAGAUGAUGCCUUGAUAAAGCUCAUGGAUGCAACAUGUAGGCGUGCUACUGCUCCUCCAGCACCCCCUGAUGGUUUAUGUCUAGUUGAUGUAGGUUAUACUGAAUUUGACCCCCAAAAAUGUUUCGUUCUGGUAGAGUAAAGCAUUGUUGAAGUCAUAGAAAUCUUUCAUUUUUUGGAAACAAGCUGUAAUCCAAUUUGUGUGCUAGGUUCCUACCAAAUUUAGAGUCAGUCACACUUGCAGAUUUUAAUCCGGGGCUGAGUUUUAAUGCAAUAUUUUGCAAUUGGAUCUUCCAUAUUCCGCAUUGUCAUUUUAUGAUUACGAGAUGCUGUAGCGAUGAAAUUGCACUAGAUUACUAAAAAAUGGCAUCUUGGCUCUCAUUUCCUGUACAUUUACAUUUACAUUUUUAUUUAUUAUUUUUUAAGCUUGCA